CGGUGGUUGGUUCGCGAGCAGCGUUGUGCGGGAUCGAGAUACACCGAGGCGCGAUUAGAUUUCGUUGGACGAUGUGCGAGAUCGGUGCACGUACACGUUUUCUCGACGGCGUAUCUUAAAAAACGUGAUCGGUCGCGAAGCUGUCAGACUGUGUCAGUUUUCUCGGAGCCAGUGAAAAUCGAAAUAUCGAUUGACAGGAGCAGAAGGGAACGGAGAGAUCGUGAUGAGCUUGAAAGCGACUCCGAAGCCGAGCACGGUGGCGAUCGGGGCCGAGAAAUUGAACGCGAUUCACAAAAUUCACGGCAGUGGCGGCUCGCCAGUCGCAUUCGUAAUAGGUGUUUCGCCACAGAGUGUCGUCGCUCUAAAAACCUGUGCCGGUUAAUUAUCCAACUCGAGAGAAAGUCGGUGGCUACUUCGCGUCUUCCAACCGGUCAACGGAUACGUUGUUUGGAUCCCAACUUGCCAAGUAAAACUGUCCACCGCGAGUGUUUUCAAAUUGUGGUCAGUCUGAUUAAGUGGUUUGCAAAUCAUUAUUUCUAAGAUAAAUUUCGGAUUUUUGAAUUUAUCACGAGUUUAUGUACCAUUGGUUCUUUACAGAGAGAUCCAUCGCGCACGCGCACUCACGCAAAGAAGUUCGCGGUUUAACCUGUAAAAAUCAUUCGUGAAACUUCGUUCCCAUACGGCCUUAAUUUUCAAGAUUCGACGAUUGUGUUCGGCUGCGAUUAUUCAACGAUUGUUUCCCGAUUGCGACGUUGGAUAUGAAGAACGAACAGGAUCUGCGUGAAUCGAACAACAGACUCGUUCGUUGCUGGAUUAAUGACAGAUGUGUGUUUUCUGUUUGCAUAAAAGUGAUCGAAGUGUGACAGUUCGAUAAAUGUCAUCGCUGGAACUCAUUCUCGAAGUUGGAUUAGCGUGGCGCGAUUCGAGCGUAUCGAAUCACGUAUCAGCGGAUCGAAUGCUGUUACAUUGACAUUUCGUGUAUCGUAGACCAAUGUAGCGCAAUGUUCGCCAGAUCGACCAUCGUUAUUGCGGCGCUGGGCCUGUGGAUAGGAGUUGGAAGUCAAUUUAGCGACAACACACCACCGGUAAUGUGGAUAGACAGAAAUUUUGUACUUUUGGAUUCCGAACCCGUAGGAAGUGUCGUGACCAGAGCCCGCGCCGAGGACAACGAACAGGAUCAGUUAACUUACGGUUUAGAAUCUCUUGGACACAACUACAAUGGAAACGAUAGCCCGCAACCACCGCUUCCUUUUUAUAUCGACAAUAGCACCGGGAUCAUCUACGUUAAUGAAACGCUCAAAGGCAAAGGAGGGCAGAACCUGUCCCUUUACGUGACUGUCUCCGACGGUCAACUCACGACAAAGACCGAGGUCUACGUCAUCAUCAAGAACACUUCAGGCCCCAAUGGAGGACACACCAGGAACCCGUUUCCGGGUCAACACGCUCCUGGUGGUAGAAUACGGCCGCCGCUGUUGGGAUUGCCGAGCCUGCAGAGCUAUCCGCGGCCAGGAUUACCUCAUAAAUCGGUGAUGCCGUCGUCGCCAGUGGCAGUGCCGGCCAAUAUGCCAAAAACGACCAAGUUGCAACCGGAGGAGGCGAAGCAGAACGAGGGUGACAUCAGCGGUGGCUUCACCGGUGUCCCUGAGGUGCCUUCGGUGGAGAACGAGGUCGAGGGGCCACCUCACAGCUCGAAAAUCACACCUGCCGAGGCACCGCCUUCUCAGGAUAUUGCGAUGACCUUGGUACCUGUCAUGGCGGUCUGCGUACUCGUGGUGGGUCUCGGGAUGGGGGCCUGGUCCCUGAGAAAUAAAUUCUGUGGAAGUAGGAAGUCCAAAGAAGACACGAAAGAACAGGCCUCGGUUAGCGUCUCGAAUAUAUCAGAUGAUCCAUCCCUCGUUUUAAAAAGAUGGCGUGGUCCAAAGGCUCGCAACAAUCGGUACGAGCCUUGGGAAAAGGAGAAUCAGAAUGGUGCACAGAACAAAGAAGAUAAAUGGGAAUUUCCCCGACAUCGAUUGAAGGUGUUCAACAUUCUUGGAGAGGGUUGCUUCGGACAAGUUUGGAAAUGCGAAGCGUUAGAGAUCGAGGGGAAGUCUGGGGCAACUAUAGUCGCCGUGAAGACUUUAAAGGAAAAUGCUACGGAAAGAGAGCGAGUGGACUUGGCGCAAGAGUUACGAGUCAUGAAAAAUUUGGAUCCCCAUCCUAACGUAGUCAGAUUACUAGGGUGCUGUACAGAACGCGAACCUAUGUUCGUAAUUUUAGAGUAUGUGAGCGGAGGGAAGUUGCAAAGCUUUCUGAGGUCAUCCAGAGAAGAAAGAAAUCAUGGAGGACCUGGACUAACAUCCAGAGAUUUAACCGGAUUUGUUUAUCAGAUUGCCAAAGGUAUGGAAUACCUGGCUUCCAAAGGAAUCAUACACAGAGAUCUAGCAGCGAGGAAUAUACUCAUCGACGAGAAUCGCGCGUGCAAAGUCGCGGACUUUGGAUUUGCUCGAGACGUUGCUGCCAAUGAAAUAUACGAGAGAAAGUCCGAAGGUCGACUGCCAAUCAGAUGGAUGGCUCCUGAGAGCUUGUACGAUAAUAUAUUCUCCGUGAAAUCGGAUAUAUGGAGUUUCGGUGUGUUAAUCUGGGAAAUCGUCACGUUGGGAUCCACACCUUAUCCUGGUUUAGCUGCAGCUGAGGUGAUGAGGAGAAUCAAAGAAGGUUACAGGCUGGACAGACCAGAACACUGCAAGAGAGAGCUUUACAACAUUAUGUAUUAUUGCUGGGACAAAGAUCCAGCUUGUAGGCCAUCCUUCGGAGAACUCGUCGGCUUGACCGAAGGUCUUCUGCUUGACGAAACCGACUACAUCGAAUUAGAUAGGUUCCCAGAUCAUUCGUAUUAUAAUGUACUGAAUCUCAGCGGAGAAAAAUUGUAAACGAUUUAUCUCGAAUAUUAACACUUUAUUUACCAGGAGCUUAUUUAUAGACUUUUUAAUUGCAGUAUUUAGCUUUUCGAAUUUAUUUACUGUGUCGAUGGUUGUCUACUUACAAUAUUCAGUUUUUGGAAACAGACUGGGCUUUCAAUGUACCUAGUAAUAGUAUAAAGGAAUCAUUGUCAGCCUAGAUUGGCAUAUGCUACUGUAGAAAAUUCUUUUUUGAAUUAAAGACUGGUUCUUAAUAGCCCGGUAAAUAAAGUGUUAACAAUGAUCUUCAUUAUCGCCACGAAACGUGUGCGGUAAAAUUUAAUCGAAGAAACGAACGGAUCCAUCCGAACAAGCGAUAAAGUUAUCAAACUUCUUCGGACACGACUGAUUUGUACUGUUCUUUUUUCUUAAUAUUAGUUUUGCAACAGAUACGAAUUCACUAUGCGGAGCAUUAAUAGCUCUUACCUGAUUAUACAUUUCUUAAUUAAAUCCCCUCUGAUGUGUAUAGGUAGAAUAAUUUAUGCGAUAAUGUAAUUGAAAUCUGCUAAGUAUUGUACGAUUUAAAGCCGAUAUAGCUUUUACCUUGAGAUUGAUCCAGCGAAAAUAAUUCAUGUUGCGUGAAGUUGUAUAUAUACGUUCUGCAUGUUGAACAUAAUUAAAAAUACUCCGAAGAGGAGCGAGCGUUGUGAACUAGUCAAGAGUUCGAAUGAAUUAUUUUAAGUUAUGAUCGUAUUAAUCUUAGAUGUAAACGAACGUUGCUAUAUAUUAAAAGUUGCAAAGGAAAACUGUUAAAAAAUUAAUCACUGAACUUAAGCAAACCGCCACACGCGAAUUAAGAAAUAAUUACCUUAAUUAUAACAUUCUUUCGUACAUCAAUGUGAAUUGUACAUAUACAUUAGGUAAACGUUUUUUAUAAGUUACUGUAUAAUUGUUGUAAGAAUAAAUCGCAUUUUGCUACA